AUGGACAGGGUUGCGCGUUGGACGCUUUGCUCUUGCCAGGGCACAUCAGACUUCUUGGGCGGUGAAGCUUUAGACGGUCUGCUUGCGAAGAUUCCAAUGAAGGUGGUGAUAAAUUGUACUGACGCGCUUCCUACGAACGUCCUCUUGAGUGCGAUGGAACAACAGCUGUGGCUGAGCCAACGGUCUGGUUCGUAUGGCACACGCAUCCAGCACGAGUCUUUUUCGUCAGCGUCUGGAGACUGGUAUUGCAUCGCUUGCCAAGUCUGCACAGCGGAGGAAGUGGAUCUGAUCUUGUCGAUGCUGAAUGCAGAUUGGGCAGAGCCUGCAGAUGAGGGCCUGGUUCAUGUAUGCACGGCAGAUUGCUGUGCAUCCGAUGCAGACUUCGAACGACGCAUGACUUCUGCUCUGCGGGCAGCCUUUGGGGGUGGCUUCGAGGUUCCGUUGCUGUAUCGUUGGAAAGGAUUCGAACCAGCAGCCGAGUUCGCAGCGCGAGGGGUGGGCAUCCACGGAUUGUUUCUGUCCUUGUGGCGGUUUUGCCGCACAGAUGCGGGAGACAUGACUUUGGAGGAUAUAAUUGACGAAGAUGCUCCUGACAGCAAUCCAGCAUUCAAGCAGCAGGUCCGCAUGUCCAAGGUCCAGCAGCUUCUUGCAGACCCCGUUGUGGAAAUGAACUUGAAUAUUUUGACAGGCGGAGCAGGAAAGACUGCUAUCGCCGAGUAUUGGCAGUUGCUUCGGUCCCCGGCAACAGCAAACAACUGGUUUGCAGACCUCGGAGUAAGCAAGAACGAUUCCCUCCCACUCUUACUGAUUGGGGUUUGUGAGGCAUGGAGGCGACUAGUGUUACCGUACACUUGCUUACCCUGGCAACUUUUGCUGGUGACCCGGAUGGAUGUAGACGGUGCCCUGGAUUUUGCAGUGUCUUUGCAGCGGCAGCACUGUGGCUGCCCACGUUGCUCCGAUCCCAUGUUCGCGGAGGUUUUGCUGGCCUGGGUCCUUGCUGAUGGAGUUUCUGCGACCGUGCGGCAGAAGCGCAUGCAACGAUUGAAGAUAAUCCUGGAAGACAUUGUCGUUGCCAUUCCGUCAACAUCUGUUCAAGUGGAGAGACAGCAUGCGAAUAUCCAGACAGAUAGUGCUGCGAACAAGAGAAUUCCUCAGCGUGCGGGUGGCGUGCAGGCAAACUCUUAUGUGACCACCGCGUUUCUGGCGCAUAAGAAGGUCCGUAGUUGCCUCGAGAGCGAGAAGUUUGGUGUGGCCAAAGCACGGAUACGCCGUACCAUGAAAUCUCGCUGUGCUGCUGCACCCUUUCUCGGGUUGACGCAGAAACGCAAGGCCAAGAUCACAGAUGAGGGCACGGUCAAGGGCAGAAAUGGAUUGCUCAAGGGGCUUUUGUCCGGGCCCCAUUCGAUUCGUUUGGCUGUGUCAGUUCGUGAAGGAAGAGUUCGCAAGGAUGCGAAAACGAAAACGAGGCACGUGAGCGCCUACAACGUGUUUCAGCAGGAGUGCCGGUCUCGUUGCAACCAUGUCAAAGUUGGCAGCCUAGAGCACCGGCAGCUCACCCAGAUGCUGUCGCAGGAGUGGGCAAACAUUUCGCCACAAAGGAAGCAGGAGUAUCAACUGAAAGCAAACAAAAUCCAGGAGGAGAGAAACCGGCUCAGAACGCAAUCCCUGCAGCAUCAGACUUCUACGGCCGAAGCCGCGGCGAUCGGCACUGGACUGCGGGAAUCUCAAAUCAAGAGAUUGAAUGGAGCCCGGCUGGAUGGCACGCUGCAACAAGUAUCUGCUCACAACUGCUGGCGGCAGGAAUUGGGCAUUUGGGAUCACAAUGCAGCAAUUCGCGGCUCCCUUGUGACGAUUCCAUCCGACCAGCGAGAUAUGGAUGCUAUGCGUGCCGAGUAUGACAAGCUUUUCGCUUAUGACCCGGAGGUUCUGGGGAAUCCGACAAGCACACCGAGCUUCAUGCGUCCCUGUGCUACCACCCAUGCUGGGACCUGUAUCAAGGAUCAGCACCAUGAAGAGUAUGUGGCUCUGGUGGCCCAGUUCGAUGCGGGACUCGGGAAUUUGGGCGGCAGCCCUCUGCUUGUCCAGUUGAAGGUGGAGGACACUGGGGAGGAACAUUGGCUCGCGAUGGCAGGUGAGACUGAUGAUGAUCAGCAGUGUGGUUCGUCGGUGAAAAAAAAGAAGCUGCAGUCACAGGCGGAUCCCGAGGAAGCUUGGCCAACGGUGCUCAGCCCAGAAGCACAGGAAGAAUUGGAUCGGGCACUCGCCGCUGACUUAGCUGCUUUGGGAGAGGAUGAGGAGACGCUAGCGGAUGCACCUGUGUCGGAGCCUGCAAGCUCCUCCAAUGCACCGCCAGCACCUGCAUCGGCCGCUGCUUCUUCUUCAGAAGUACCUGCUAGUUCUCAGAGCACAUUUUUUCAGAAAGAGCUUGGCAUUUGCGACCUUGCAAUUGUGAAACGCAAGGGAGUGAAGUGUUUUCACUGUGAUGAUCAUAUUGAGAAAGGCGAGUACCGCUUUGGAGUGGCAUACAGCAGAAGCAAACCCCAUCGUUCGGUUCAUCUGCACUGUCUCGCGCAACUGCGCGAAGAGUAUGUUUCGAAUUCAAUUCGAUUCUUGGAGCAGCAUGUGAUCAAAGGCUCUUUGACAAGAGCAGAGCAAGGCAUUUGUCAAGAUGCUCUCCGUAGUUUGAGAGAUCUUGAACCAGCCGCGUAG